AUGGGAAGGGCACCUUGUUGCGAGAAAAACGGGCUCAAGAAAGGGCCAUGGACAUCUGAAGAAGACCAGAAGCUCGUUGACUAUAUCCAGAAACAUGGAUAUGGUAACUGGAGAACACUCCCCAAAAAUGCUGGUUUGCAGAGAUGUGGCAAAAGCUGUCGGUUAAGAUGGACUAAUUAUCUCCGACCAGAUAUAAAGCGUGGGAGGUUCUCCUUUGAAGAAGAAGAAACCAUUAUUCAGCUCCAUAGCUUCUUAGGGAACAAGUGGUCUGCGAUUGCGGCGCGUUUGCCUGGAAGAACAGAUAAUGAAAUCAAGAACUUCUGGAACACACAUAUAAGAAAGAAGUUGCUUAGAAUGGGGAUCGAUCCAGUAACUCACAGUCCACGACUCGAUCUCCUCGAUAUCUCAUCCAUCUUAGCUUCAUCUCUAUACAACUCCUCUCCACAUCAUAUGAACGUGUCAAGACUCAUGUUGGACGCUCAUCGUCGUCAUCAACAGCAACAACCAUUGGUUAACCCCGAAAUUCUCAAGCUCGCUACCUCUCUCUUCUCUCAAAACCAAAACCAUAACCAAAACCAAAACCAAAACCUCGUCGUGGAUCAUGACUCCAAAACUCAUGACAACCAUUCGUUUUAUCAAUAUGAUGAUGUUAACCAAACCGGAGUAAACCAAUACCAAACCGACCAGUUCGAGAACACCAUUCCUCAAGAACUUCAAUCUUGCAUGCCACCGUUUCCCGAUGAAGCUCAAUUUAACGACAUGGAUCAUCAUCAGUUCAAUGGUUUCGGAGGACAUACUUUCGCUUCCACUUCAACUACGCCGGUUCAAGAUUGCAAUAUUCCAUCAUUUUACGAUUAUUCAAGCUCUAGUUUUGCAUUGGAUCCUUCUUACUCGGACCAGAGCUUCAACUUCGUUAACUCGGUCUUGAACACGCCAACUUCGAGCCCGACUACGUUAAACUCGGGUUCCACAACUUGCAUCAAUAGUAGCAGUUGCAGUACUGAAGAUGAAAUGGAAAGUUAUUGCAGUAAUCUCAUGAAGUUUGAUGUUCCGGAUUUCUUGGACGUUAGUGGUUUUAUUAUAUAA